UCAGAGACUCAGAUUGGGGAGGAAGGAGGAACAUGUCGGCCGUGCAGCUGCUGCGGGUGUCGGUACAUGAGCGGAUCAGCGCUGCCGCUGAAGACUUCCUGCUGCAGGUGGAGAAAGGAGGAGGAAAGGCUGAAGUCCUGGAGCUGAGAGCGAUGCUCACCGAGCGGCUCGCGGGGGCGGGGGAGGAGAUCCUCACGAGGCUUGAGGAAACCGUGGCUGGGUACGAGGACCGAGUGGAGCGGUCCGAGCGGGAGAGGAGGGUGAUCGAUGCCGCGAUGCAGCCCGUAGUCCGGCUGCACAGAGCAGUGUGUCCUGCAGACGUCCAGCAACUGAUGGUGAUAAAAGAAGAGGUAUCCCCUGAGCAGCCGCAGAGGAACCCUCUUGUGGACCAGGAGGACCCAGAGCCCCCCCACAUUAAAGAGGAACAAGAGCAACCGUGGACCAAUCAGGAUGGACAGCAGCUUCAAGGACUGGAGGAGGCUGAUAUCAAGUUCACAUUGACUCCUGUCGCUGUGAAGUGUGAAGAAGAUGAAGAGAAACUUAAAUCGUCAAAGCUUCAUCCGAGUGAGAGGAAGGAGAACAAAGCGGACUGUGGAGGACCAGAACCAGCCAGGAACUCAGGUCCUGAUGGACGUUUACAACAAGGUCCUGAGGAUAAGAAGGAAGACUCUUCUGAGACUGAAGAGAGUGAGGAUGAUUGGCUGGAGACCAGGGAACCUCAGACUGGCUUAAAUACAAGAAACAACAAACGGCCUCUAAGUGAUAUGGGAUGUAAGACAGAGAAAAAAUCGUUUAGUUGCUCUGAGUGUGAUAAAAGAUUUAGCCUACGGAGCCAUCUAAAUACACAUAUGAGGAUUCAUACAGGAGAGAAACAAUUUAGUUGCUCUGAGUGUGGUAAAAGAUUUUGCCAUAGGGGCAAUCUAAAUAAACAUAUGAUGAUUCAUUCAGGAGAGAAACCAUACAGUUGCUCUGAGUGUGGUAAACAAUUUAACCGAAGGGGCGAUCUAAAUACACAUAUGAGGAUUCAUACAGGAGAGAAACUGUUUAGUUGCUCUGAGUGUGGUAAAAUAUGUAGCUGUAGGGGCAGUCUAAAUAGACAUAUGAGGAUUCAUUCAGGAGAGAAACCAUACAGUUGCUCUGAGUGUGGAAAAAAAUUUAACCUAAGGGGCGAUCUAAAUACACAUAUGAGGAUUCAUACAGGAGAGAAACCGUUUAGUUGCUCUGAGUGUGGUAAAAUAUUCAGCCAAAAGAGCAGUCUAAAUACACAUAUGAGGAUUCAUACAGGUGAGAAACCGUUUGGUUGCUCUGAGUGUGGUAAAAAAUUUAGCUGUAGGCGCAGUCUAAAUAGACAUAUGAGGAGUCAUUCAGGAGAGAAACCAUACAGUUGCUCUGAGUGUGGUAAACGAUUUAACGAAAGGGGUGAUCUAAAUAAGCAUAUGAUGAUUCAUACAGGAGAGAAACCAUUCAGUUGCUCUGAUUGUGGUAAAAGAUUUAACCUAAAGGGAAAUCUAAAAAGACAUAUGAGGUUUCAUUCAGGUGAAAAACAGUUUAGUUCAGGGGUGUCCAAACUUUUUAUCCCGAGGGCCACAUAUUGAAAAAAAUACGGCGGUCCGGGCCACUCACGGCCGCAGAUGGCCCGCGGGCCGUAGUUUGGACACCCCUGGUUUAGUUGAUCUGAGUGUGGUAAAAGAUUUAAGAUUCAGUCCUAUUGUACGAGACAUGUGAGGAUUCAUAAAGGAGAGAAUUGAUUCAGUUGCAACCUUUGCAACAAACAUUUAUUCGGAUUUAUCAACAGAUAUUCAUAGUUCACUGUUUUAAAUAGACAUUUUACAGUUUUUAUGUCCAUAUAAAAUAUAACGUAUUGAAUAACACAAAAGAUUUGUGUUUAUAUCUUAUUUCUACAGAUUUCUACAUAAUCUAUUUUUCAUAACGUCCUUCAUGUAAUUUUAAGGUUAAAGUGUUUUCCUUGCACAGUAUGUAAGUCAAUCAAUCAAUCAAGUUUUAUUUGUAUAGCCCAUAUUCACAAAUUACAAUUCAUCUCAUAGGGCUUUAACAGGGUGUGACAUCCUCUGUCCUUAACCCACAGCAAGAGUAAGGAAAAACUUCUAAAAACCCUUUUAACAGGGUAAAAAUAUGUAGAAACCUCAGAGAGACCCACAUGUGUAGGAUCCCUCUCCCAGGAUGGACAGAAGUGCAAUAGAUGCCACGUGCAGGAAAACAUCAUCAAGAUUAAAGUCUUCAAGAUUAAAGAUUAAAGUCUCUAGCAGCAUUUGAUGAGGGUAAACAUCCCGAAGGACAACCCCAACAUGACAUGCCAAGCAGACCAGACGCCACUCCAGACCUCAGUCACCUUCCACCGCCGCCCACCAGGACCCAUCACAAGCCACCACCGCGGCCCUUGUCCACCGCCCGUGCCCAAUGCCAACACGACACAGGGUCCGCCACCAGCACCACGAUCAGCCCACAUAACUCAGAAUCCGCCACACUGGAUCCAACACUGCGACCCCCGUUGCGCGAUCCACAAACCGCAAUCCAUGGUGCGGCCACAGAGGCCCUGGAUCUGCGGGUGAUAAAACAAAGGGAUUCCGGGGAAAGGGGAUAGGGAUGGAGAAGCUGGAAAGAGAAGCUCCGUGUGUCAUGUGUCAUAAAAUAGAACAAAUAACGUUCUGGCGUACUAAUUAGCUCUAACUAUAAGCUUUAUCAAAAAGGAAGGUUUUGAGCAUACUUUUAAACGAACAGAUGGUGUCUGCCUCCCGAACUGAAAGUGGUAGAUUAUUCCACAGCCGAGGGGCUUGAUGGCUAAAAGCUCUGGCUCCUACUCUACUUUUAGAGACCUUAGGGACGACAAGUAGGCUUGAAUUCUGGGAGCAGAGUGCUCUAGUGGGUUUAUAAGGUACUAACAGCUCUUUAAGGUAAAAAGGCGCUAUAUUAUUAAGGGCCUUGAAGGUGAGGAGGAGAAUUUUAAAUUCUAGUCUAGAUUUAACUGGAAGCAGGUGUAGCGAUGCUAAUACUGGAGAAAUGUGCUCUCUUUUCUUUGUUCUCGUCAGGACACGUGCUGCGGCAUUUUGGACAAGCUGUAGAGUCUUUAACGACUUACUGCUGGAGCCUGAUAAUGAUGAAUUACGAUAGUCCAGUCUCGAUGUAACAAAGGCGUGGACUAGUUUUUCUGCAUCUUUUUGUGAAAGGACAUGUCUAAUUUUUGAAAUAUUACGCAAGUGGAAAAAAGCGGUCCUAGAAAUUUGUUUUAAGUGACUAUUAAAGGAUAAAUCAGGAUCGAAGAUCACUCCCAAGUUCCUGUAAGUGUGUUCUUAACUGGUUCAUUUGAUUUAAAUAUGUUUGUUUUAAAACAAUGGUUUCUUGGUUCGUGAGAUUCAAUGACAGUGUUUGUUCUCCUUUAUGUAUUGAAUGUGUUUCCAAGAAUAAAAGUCUAAUAAAAAGAUAA